UUUUGCUGCGACAUUUUCAGUUGGGAGAUGAUGAAUUUGAAUUUGUUUCAGAAACACGUGUGCAUUAUUUUCGUGUCUGUGGGUCUUAUCACUCUCUACAUAAGUAUGAAGGAUCCAUUGUUAGUCCCCAACAAAAAGCCGUAUAAUUCCUUCGUGAAUGACACAAAUUUCAUGAGCGAUUUCGAUUACGCGAAUGGAAAUCCUUCUUUCGAAAAUUAUUCUUUUUUCCAGACGAAUCACCUAUCGAACGCGUCGUCGAAUAAGAGAAAACUUGUGAAUAUUUUGGGACUUUUUGAGUUGUCAACUAAGUGGGGUGUGAGAAAGGAGGGUGAAAGUGAAAUAUUAGCUGCCCAAGUUGCUAUACAACAUAUAAAUGAAAUGAACGUGUUACCAGGUUACAGGUUGAAGUUAAUAGUGAAUGAUACCCGGUGUGAUCCAGGCAUAGGAGUAGAUCGCUUUUUCUACGCUCUUUAUUCCAAUAAAAAUAUUCUUGUUUUACUUGGAUCUGGUUGCUCAAAUGUCACCGAGCGUUUAGCGAAUAUUGUACCAUACUGGAAUAUUCCGCAGAUCUCCUUCGGCUCAACCUCUCCAAACCUCAGCGAUCGAAAGAAGUUUCCUCUAUUCUUUCGAACGAUUCCACCGGAUUCUUCACACAAUUCUGCCAAAAUUGAGUUCCUCAGGCAUUUCGGUUGGGAGGUCGUCAUUUCUUUCACACAGAGUGAAAAUGUUUUCCUUCUGCCAAUCAAUAACCUGGUCAAAGAAUUGGAAAUGGCCAAUAUAUCUUGUAGAGCAACUAUAACCUUCUCUGUCGAUAAUUACAAAGAACAGCUGAAAACACUGAAGGAUUUGGAUGUACGAAUAAUUCUAGCAAGUUUUUCUUCAGCAUUGGCUGGUACUAUAUUUUGUGAAGUAUUCCACCUGCAAAUGCAUCGCGAGGAUUACGUGUGGAUCCUGCAGGAUCAUCAGGAAUCGUGGUGGAAAUCUCCCUGGAAAACCGAAGAUUGCAAAGUGGAGCAACUGAAGCAGGCGACUGAGGGCUUAAUUUUGGUUUCCGAUGUCAAUGAGGUUGUGGAUAACGAAACCUCGGCUUACGGAUUGAGUGACUAUUCCUUAGAAACCUUCAAUUCGACGGUGAAAUCGAAAUUUAUCAAGUACGUCUACGAUGCCGUAUGGGCCAUAGCUUUGGCCCUCAGAGGAAAUAGGUUAAUUACAUGCAGCACUUCGAAAUAUUAUUACCACCGCAGAGGAGAGAUGGUUGCUCAAUUUGUGGAGGAGAUGGAAUCGUUAAGUUUCGCAGGACUUUCUGGACCCGUUCGAUUUUCUGGCCCAGAUCGUGUGGGAAACUCACUCUUCACUCAAAUUCAAGGCGGAGGAAAACUCCAAAUUGCUGUAUACGAAUCCGACGUUGACAAAUUGAAUUUUGGAUGUAUAAAUUGCUUCCCAGUGAUAUGGAAACAUGGAAAAGUCCCAAUUGCCCAACGGAUUGUGAAAGUUAUAAUAUUGAAAAUGCCGCUUUUCCUUUACUACAUGGUUUGUUCAACAACAUGCAUGGGAAUUAUGGCUUCUAUGUUGUUCCUUUACUUCAACCUGAAGUUUCGGGCUGUUAAGAAUUUGAAGUUAUCCAGUCCCAAACUGAACAACGUGGCAGUUCUUGGAUGUAUUCUAGUAUACUUUUCAGUUAUACUCAUGGAAAUUGAUAAGAUUAUUGAGGUUUCUAGGAAAACUUUCACCGGAUUUUGUACUGCCAAAGCGUUCCUUUUGUCAGCCGGAUUUUCCCUGGUCUUUGGAUCGAUCUUCGCUAAAACCUACAGGGUUCAUAAGCUUUUCAACAAUUGCAGAACAAGCGUCGUUAAAACGAAAUUCUUGAAAGAUACACACUUGAUUGCUCUCAUCUCGACUCCUGUUGUUGUCGACGCAAUCAUCUUGUCUCUGUGGGUGGUGAUCGAUCCGUUGGACAGGAAGCUGCACAACCUGACGUUGAAUUUUAUCGGUAGAAGCAACGUGGUUUAUCAGAAUCAGGUUCAAGUUUGCGCAUCCAAAAACACCGCUGGAUGGUAUUUCGCCCUUUAUGGAUACAAAGGAAUCGCCCUCAUUAUGGGAGUUCUGGUUGCAUGGAAAAACAGAAACGUGAAAGUCCCUACCCUUAACGAGUUUCGAUAUAUCGGAAUCUGUGUAUACUCCGUAAUUUUCACAGCUGUAAUGCUCAUUUUGUCCAAUUUCAUCGCGGAAUACGUGGUACUGAGUUAUUUGAGUAGCUCUUGCAGCAUCAUAAUCGCAACAUCCUUAACGCUGUUCCUGUUGUUCCUUCCGCAAUUCCAGCUUUUAUUCGGCAGAAGGAAAAACGACGAUUUACUCAUGCAGAGCAUGGGAUUGAAAUUCGAAUGUAACACGAGACGGUUCAUUUAUAAAGAUCAAAAGGAGCUACUCAACAGGCUCGAGAUCCAAAACAGAGUUUUCAAAUGCGAGAUUGAAGCUCUGGACGAUGAGAUCAGGUAUCUGGAGAGCCUCCUCACCAGAUCCUCCACUAGCUCUAAUAUCGCCAAAUCCGACGUUUAUACAAUAAGUAGGCCCUUGCGUCUUGAUCUACCAGAGCGUGGUAGUGCGAGAGCGUCUUGGCCAACAAGUCGCAAUGAUUCCGAGGGUACUAAGCCUCGGUUCUCCUCGGAAAAUGAACUCAAUGAAGGAUUUUUCAACAGAUUCAAACUUUUCGGGAAGAUAAGGAAAUUUUUUGGCGAUUUAUCAUCUAUUGGAGACAUUGCAUCUGUUGUCGAUCAGGAAAUAAUUGAUUCGGAAAAGAGGUUUGAAGGACGUGACACGUUGGAAGCUAGAGAGAGUGUUGAGUCUCUUGAUAUAAAUCAAAUAGAACCAGGGUGUAUAAUUUAUCAUGUGUAGAUGACCUGUAGAAAGGAACAAUUUUUCUGGCCAUUGGUCAAUAUGAUUGUUACAUAGGGAAUUUUAGAAUAUGUAGGUAUUCAAGAGACUAGGCAUCAAAGGAAUUGAUCACAAUACAAUUAUUAAUAUAGUUGGAUAGUUUUGAGUUAAUCAUCGAGUAUUGUGUUCAGUAACAGAUUGUUUAAUGUAAUGUUAGGUUCAAACUCGAAAUAAGUUGUUCGUCUUGAGUAUUGUUAUACGGGGAAAAAUAAAUCAGUUAGUAAAAUGAA